GUAUAAAAUAGAAUCUUAAGCACCUAGUCUCUUAUACGAGAAGAGAAGCAUGCGAGAAAAUUAUACAAACGAAGCUGAUAUGAAGCUUAUAAAAACCAGAUAGUAUAUACAUUGAAUCGUAACUGAUAGGUAUUCAUAUUGUAGUCCUUUUUAUUCCGCCAUCUUGAAUUUGAACUUCAAGAAAGUCACACUUUACACCCACUGAUAUGUAACGAUCCGCAUGGUCACAUUGCAGCAUAUACCGAAGCACAUUUCUAGAAGUUUCCGUGAGCGUAAGAUAUCCAGAAAGUUACGUACAGAGUUCCUGCUCUUCUAUUCCGUUUCGAAAGAAAUGGCUAAAUGGGGAGAAGGAGAUCCUCGAUGGAUAGUUGAGGAAAGACCUGAUGCUACAAAUGUUAAUAAUUGGCAUUGGACUGAAAAAAAUGCAUGUGCUUGGUCUCAAGAAAAAAUUAAAGAACUGUUUAAAGAUGUUAUUAUUGAAAGAGAUGGAUUUAAAUGUAAAAUAAUGGAAAUUGAGAAAUGUGAAGGAGAAGCAGUAGCAAAUAAUAGGAAAGGAAAAUUAAUUUUUUUUUAUGAAUGGAAUAUUUGUCUCAAAUGGGUAUCUCUGAAUACAGAAACAGAAAUUAAUGGAAAAAUUAAUAUACCAAACUUGUCAGAAGAAAAUGAAAUUUCUGAAAUAGAUGUUGAAGUUAUACUCAAUACAAAUACAGAUGAAGGGGAAAAAUUUAAACAUUUUUUAUAUACAAAAGGUAAAGAUAUAAUUAGAGAAAAGUUAGCAAAAUAUGUAUCAAGUUUAAAAGAAGAAUUUACCAAAGGAAUGAUCCUUCCUAAAAAAGAUGGCAUUGAAAAUAUUUCUAAUAAGACAACAAGAUUUAAUCGAAAUACCCCCACGAAUAUAAUUAUAGAAUCAUAUGAUUCGAAAGCUAAUAACUACAUAGUACAAACAACAACGAUAAAACAACAAUUAAAAUUUAUGUGCAGUGGAACAGAAUUUUAUAAAGUCAUGACGAUACCAGAGUUUGUGAUGGCUUUUACAAAAGGUCCUGCAAAACUUUUUGCAGAAAAAGGGGGACAGUUCGAAUUACUGUGUGGAGUUAUUACUGGAGAAUUCGUUGAUCUUACACCAACAAAAAUAGUACAGAAAUGGAGAUGCAAAUCAUGGCCAGCAGGUCAUUAUAGUGAAGUAACUAUGGAUAUAGUUGAAAGACACGACCAUACUGAAGUUAAUGUAACUCAAACAGCAGUUCCUAUAAACGAGGAGGAAGUGACAAGAAUCAACUGGGACAAGUAUUAUUGGAAUGCCAUCAAGAUGACGUUCGGUUUCGGCUAUUUUAUGUGAUUUUCUACCGAAACUCUUCCUUUAACUUUAAAUACACUUAAGUUAUACUCGUCGCCGUCAUUGUCCUCGUCGAGCAGGACAUCAGCUAUGUAGGUAUUAUAAAUAUUUAUUAAUAAAUAGAUGAAAUUUCGAAGAGCACGACACCAUCCGCAAGCUCUCACGGGGUGAGACCCGACAUCUCUAGGAUCGCGGCGAUAUUUGCAAUCCAGCUAUGCGAAUUUUUUGAUCACUGCUAUUUCAGAACAAUGAUAAAACAUAAUUACUUUAUGCCACCUUCAAUUGAGAUUAUUUUGUGUAAUUUGAUUGUUGUUUAACGACAAAAUAAAACACAAAGCAAAAAUCAUUACUGGUAUUCUAUAUUUACAUCUCAUGGUUUAUUUUUUUUAUUAUUAAAUGAGUACUUUUGAUCGAUAAAUAUGGAAAAGUUAAUACAUAUUUUUCAACAUUUUGGCUCCUUCUAUUAUUUAAAAAU